AAGUCAACCCAUUUACUCUCCUAUAUAAAUGGCUCGGGCCAACAGGGCCUCAGCUUCGUUUCUGGAGAGGAAUAGAAUCCAAGUGACAUGAUGAAGCUGCUGGUCGUCGCCGUGCUCGUCGCGCUCCUCGCUCUCAAUGCUGAAGGCUUCCGUGUGAGGAGGGAGGUCGAAGAGGAGGAGCAGGGGACUCUGACCAAAAUCACAGACAAGGUCAAGUCCCUCUACCAGGGCACCGUGAGCACGGCCAGUGGAUACCUGGAGAGCAUCCGGGGCCUGAAGCUGGAGGAGAAGGCAAAGAAUAUUUACUUGGACACUUCCACGGUUGUGAGCACCUACGCCAACAUUGCACAUGACCAGAUUUAUCACUUCUUCUACACCCCGCAGUAAAAAAAAAAAAAAGAUUUCCAGUGACUGAAAUUUUAAAAGCUCGGCGAGAGAGGCUGCAGAGUCGUUUGAGAAUCUGACCUCUGCCUCUUAUCUCACUUCACCCGAACAUCCCAACCACACACAGCAUCUUCACGAACAACGUACCCGGGAAAAUGAAAAACGACCACACAAUCAAGACUGUAUUAAAUAAACACCUUAAAGCUUGCACUGAGGAAAAUGGGGGGAACAACUUUGCGAGCAGAAGAAGAAAGAAGCAGCAUCUCCUCAUGAAUUUCUCCACGGGGGUGUGAGAAUGAGCAAAAUGCAAACAACGUUAUGAUCUAUCGCCACCUACUGGUGAAUUUGUGUCCUCAUAGUUCCACCUCUGAAUGAAUUAAAACUAUUUGUAUCUUAUCUUGAAAUAAACAUAUUUAUACAAACAAA